UUACUUCCUGUUUUCAUUUUUUUCAUGUGACAUCUGAGAAAAUUCAUCUCGACAGUAGGAAAAAAACUUCAGUGCUGCCACGUCAGGAUUACAGCUCUAGAUAAACACCUGGCCGAAAUCCCAAAGACACACCACAUAACCAGAACAGAAGAUAUCAGCCCAGCGUGAGGUUUCUUCAGACAUGGAGAGCAAAUACAACUUGAAGAGCCCAGCUGUGAAGAGGCUGAUGAAAGAAGCAGCAGAGCUCCGCGACCCAACAGAACAUUAUCACGCUCAGCCACUGGAGGACAACCUGUUUGAGUGGCACUUCUCCGUUCGAGGACCUCCAGACUCUGAUUUUGAUGGCGGAGUGUAUCACGGUCGGAUUGUGCUGCCCCCUGAAUACCCCAUGAAGCCCCCCAGCAUCAUUCUGCUCACUCCCAAUGGACGGUUUGAGGUUGGGAAGAAGAUCUGCCUGAGCAUUUCCGGUCACCAUCCAGAGACAUGGCAGCCAUCAUGGAGCAUUCGGACAGCCUUGAUAGCAAUCAUUGGAUUCAUGCCAACUAAAGGUGAAGGAGCGAUAGGAUCUCUGGAUUACACUCCUGAGGAGAGAAGAGCUCUCGCUAAAAAGUCUCUGGAUUUCUGCUGUGACGCAUGCGGCAGCUGUAUGCGCUCCGCUCUGCUAGCGCUCUCUCCUGACAGUGACCCGCGACCUGUUGACCCUCAGGCACACAGACUGGCACAACAGAUCAACUUCAAGGCUGAAUCCAGCUCAUCGGCUGCAGACAGCGGCAGUUCAGUGGAAGCGGCUUCCAGUAACAGUGAGAGCUCGUCUACAGCAGAGAGAGACACCGAGGACACGGCAUCCGCUGAGCAGGCCGAGUCAUCAUCUGUGGCUCCUCAGACGUCAAGCGAGGGUCCGUCCGUUCCAGCGGCUCCGAGUCCACGUCAGCGGCGCUCGCAGAACCAGAGCCAGUCCCCCAGAUACCCGGCGUUCACGGCGUCCCCCGCUGCCCAGCUCCCCCCGCAGGACGCCAGUCACACGGGCUCGGCCGUCCUCAUCGUUCUCCUCACACUCGCGCUAGCUGCGCUCAUUUUCCGCAGGAUCUAUUUGGCCCACGAGUAUAAGUUUGAUUACGAGCUAUGAACUCUUCCUACAGCACUUGAUACAUAUCCAGCUCACCCUCGGUCUCUUGUUUGUCCUUCCUGGACAGAGCUUUGUGUCUUCAGAAGGGGAUGUAUUCGCAGAACAAAACCUGAAGGUGCAAAUCUUAGUACGCUUGUCAAGAACACGUCAUGGUCUGAUUUCACCCCAAAAAAUGCAAAAUGUUAAAUUAUAUGUCACAUGAAGACAGUAAAGUCUGUUUUUGGACCAUUAAGAUUUUUUGUUUGUUUGUUUGCGUUGUAAUGUUUCAUGACCAUUAUUCCACUCAAAAAGUCAAUUCUUAUUACUGUAAUGUGUUCUUAAUACUGUAAUUAUAUAUGUACUAUUUUAACUGUGAAGUAUUUAUGCAUCAUGGUAGUAAUUGUACUGCCUUUUAUUUUAAGAAGAUUUUAUUUUUUAGAAAAAGCAGCUCAUCUGGACACAUUACUGUAAUGAGAUUGUUUUGCAUGUAAUAAGAAUUUGGGCUGAAUGUUCCUGCUUUCUUUAUGCAAAAUACAAUUCAUAAAAUUAAAUCUCAUUUUAGGGUGAAAUAUGACUUAAGACAUGUUUAUAUGUGGUGGUUUGUUUUCAGAUCCUGCGAUUUAUUGUUUAUAUACAGUUCCCCAAAUAAUGCAUUUCAGAAAAUCUAUUGUUACAAAUUGUACAAAAUUUGGUCUUCGACUGAAACAAGCUAAAAAACUGAAGCCUGUAGAAAUUGAAUUGCUUCUGAUGUGUGUUUGUCUAUCCAAGAAUUAAACAUUUACAUACUUUUAAAAUGCUGUAAUAAUGUAGGCAUGGUUGUAAUACUAUUAAACAGUGAAAAACAUUGAGCAGUGAUGUAUGUAAAUGAAUCAUCUGCUAAUUUUCAGAAAACGUUCAACCAGUAAGACUCCCAAGUUUUUUUAUAUAUAUAUAUAUAUAUAUAAUAUCUUGAAACUCUGGAAUUGAAAUAUAGCAACAUCAUAUACAUGAAUCAGUACUGUAGACCAAAUUAAUGUGCCUAGGUAGAUAGACAACUAAAUCUGUUUUACUUCUUUAAGCAACAGCCCGUAGUUUCUCUAGCCUAAUGUUCAAAAGGAAAAUUAAUGCAAUAAACUUGAUUCAACCAUAA